GCGCUAGCUGCACCGUGAGGCUGUGGUCGGCUUUUUGGACUAGUUUGGUAGCAUUUUUCACUCUCACUGCAAUGGCGGAACAGCAGCAGUUCUAUCUCUUGCUGGGUAACCUGAUGAGCCCUGACAAUAACAUCAGGAAGCAGGCAGAGGAGACCUAUGACACGAUUCCUGGCCAAAACAAGAUCACAUUCUUACUGCAGGCUGUUAGAGAUGAAUCUGCUGCAGAGGAGGUCAAACAGAUGGCAGCUGUGCUGCUCCGGCGGCUGCUGUCGUCAUCCUUUGAGGAUAUCUACCCAGGACUGACCCUGGAGAUGCAGACAGCCAUUAAGUCAGAGCUUCUGACCAGCAUCCAACAACAGUCAUCAUCAAAUAUCCGCAAGAAGGUCUGCGACAUAGCUGCUGAGUUAUCCCGCAACCUUAUUGAUGAUGAUGGGAACAACCAGUGGCCCGAGGUGCUUAAGUUUCUCUUCGAAUCCGUCAACUCUGACAACGUUGGUCUGCAAGAAGCUGCUCUGCACAUAUUCUGGAAUUUUCCAGGAAUUUUUGGCAACCAGCAGCAGCAUUAUAUGGAUGUUAUCAAACGCAUGUUAGUUCAACGUAUGCAAGACCAGACCAACGCGCAGAUUCGUACCCUGGCAGCGCGUGCUGCUGCCUCCUUUGUUUUGUCAAAUGAAAGCAACACAGCACUGCUGAAACACUUUGCUGAUCUUUUGCCAGGCAUUCUGCAGGUGGUGAAUGAAUCUUGCUACCAAGGAGAUGAUGCUGUACUCAAGUCACUAGUGGAAAUUGCAGACACAGCUCCAAAAUACCUGAGACCCAACUUGGAGGCCACUCUGCAGUUGUGUUUGAAGCUCUGUGCUGACACCAACUUGACCAAUAUGCAAAGGCAGUUGGCACUGGAAGUGAUUGUCACAUUGUCUGAGACUGCAGCAGCUAUGCUGAGGAAACACACUGCCAUUGUUGCUCAGAGUGUGCCGCAGAUGUUGGCUAUGAUGGUGGACCUUGAGGAUGAUGAUGAGUGGGCCAUGGCUGAUGAGCUGGAGGAUGAUGACUUUGACAGUAAUGCUGUAGCUGGAGAGAGCGCACUCGACAGAAUUGCCUGCGGUCUGGGAGGAAAGAUAAUCUUGCCUAUGAUCAAACAGCACAUCAUGCAGAUGUUACAGAAUUCUGACUGGAAAUACAGACACGCUGGGCUGAUGGCACUCUCAGCCAUUGGUGAAGGCUGCCACCAACAGAUGGAGGCCAUCCUCAGUGAGAUUGUCAGUUUUGUCCUCCUCUUCUGUUCUGACCCUCACCCAAGAGUGCGCUAUGCAGCCUGUAAUGCUAUUGGGCAGAUGGCCAGUGACUUUGCUCCAACAUUUCAAAAGAAAUUCCACGAUAAGGUGAUUUCAGCCCUGCUUCAAACAAUGGAGGAUCAGGGUAACCCUCGUGUACAGGCUCAUGCUGCUGCUGCUCUCAUUAAUUUUACAGAGGACUGUCCCAAAGCAUUGCUGAUCCCUUAUCUCAAUAGUCUGGUGCAGCAUCUGCAUGUCAUCAUGGUAGCAAAGUUGCAAGAGCUGAUCCAGAAGGGCACCAAACUGGUCCUGGAGCAGGUUGUUACUUCAAUCGCCUCUGUGGCGGACACAGCUGAAGAGAAGUUUGUGCCAUACUACGACUUAUUCAUGCCCUCACUCAGACACAUUGUAGAAAACGCUGUGCAGAAGGAGCUCCGGCUACUGCGUGGCAAAACUAUUGAGUGCAUCAGCCUCAUUGGCCUAGCUGUUGGCAAGGAGAAGUUUAUGCCAGAUGCCUCUGCAGUCAUGCAACUGCUGCUCAAGACCCAAACAGGCUUUAAUGAGCUGGAGGAUGAUGAUCCUCAGAUAUCAUACAUGAUAUCAGCCUGGGCCAGGAUGUGUAAGAUCCUGGGGAAGGAGUUUCAGCAAUACCUACCUGUGGUAAUGGGUCCAUUGAUGAAGACUGCUUCCAUCAAACCGGAGGUAGCACUGCUUGACACUCAGGAUAUGGAGAACAUGUCAGAGGAUGAUGGCUGGGAGUUUGUUAAUUUGGGUGACCAGCAGAGUUUUGGCAUCAAAACUGCAGGUCUGGAGGAGAAAGCCACCGCCUGCCAGAUGCUGGUGUGCUACGCCAAAGAGCUGAAGGAGGGUUUUGUGGAAUACACAGAGCAGGUGGUCAAGCUGAUGGUUCCACUACUCAAAUUCUACUUUCAUGAUGGUGUGCGGGUUGCAGCAGCUGAGUCCAUGCCAUUGCUGUUGGAGUGUGCACGGGUUAGAGGACCAGAGUAUCUUACUCAGAUGUGGCACUUCAUGUGUGAUGCCCUCAUUAAGGCAAUUGGCACAGAACCCGACUCUGACGUCCUAUCAGAAAUCAUGCAUUCUUUUGCCAAGUGUAUUGAGCUGAUGGGUGAUGGCUGUCUGAACAAUGAGCAUUUUGAGGAGCUAGGCUGCAUUUUGAAAGGAAAACUGGAGGAACACUUUAAGAACCAGGAACUCAGACAAGCUAAACGGCAGGAUGAAGACUAUGAUGAGCAGGUGGAGGAAACAUUACAAGAUGAGGAUGAGAAUGAUGUGUACAUUUUGACCAAAGUGUCAGACAUCCUUCACUCAGUUUUCAGCAGUUAUAAGGAAAAAGUGUUACCUUGGUUUGAACAGCUACUGCAGCUCAUCGUCCAGCUCAUCUGUCCCAGCAGGCCAUGGGCUGACAGACAGUGGGGUCUGUGCAUCUUUGAUGAUAUUGUGGAGCACUGUAGCCCCUCCUCCUUCAAAUACGCAGAGUAUUUCCUGCGGCCGAUGUUGCAGUCUCUGUGUGACUCGAGCCCUGAGGUUCGACAGGCAGCUGCUUACGGUAUUGGUGUCAUGGCUCAGUAUGGAGGAGAAAACUAUCGACCGUUCUGCACAGAAGCCAUCCCGCUGUUAGUUGGGGUCAUCCAGGCAGCAGAAUCUCGCUCUAAGGAGAAUGUCAAUGCCACUGAGAACUGCAUCUCUGCUGUUGGGAAGGUCAUGAGAUUUCGCUCUGAAUGUGUCAAUGUUAACGAAGUCCUUCCCCAUUGGCUCAGCUGGCUACCACUCAACGAGGACAAGGAAGAGGCUGCCCACACGUUUGACUUCCUGUGUGACCUCAUUGAAAGCAACAACCCCAUUGUUCUUGGACCAGACAACUCCAACCUUCCUAAAAUCUUCAUCAUCAUCGCAGAUGGGGUUUCUAACGAGUCUGUGAAGAGUGAGGAUGCUUGCAGCAAACGGCUGGCAAAUGUCGUUCGCCAAGUACAAGUGUCAGCAGCAUUAUGGACACAGUGUGUAUCGACGCUGAAUGAGACGCAGCAGAAAGCCAUACAGGACCUCCUGAACACUGCCUGAUUGACUCCUGGAUCUCUCCCACACUCCUCCUCUCCCUCCUGAUCUGACCUGCAGUGUGUAUGGACGCCAGCUUCACCCCAUCAGCACCUCCCUGCCAUUAGAGAACCUCCACCCACAUUCAGCUGUGCGGAGGGAGCGGUUUUGCCAUUUCUACAGUGGAGAUUUCUGGUCAUCAACCUGAAAAACUUUGACACUGAAUCCCGGGAACUUCCUGGUUCUCACCUGUGCAAAGGGAACCAUAGUAUGAGUCACUGACCUGUCUUAUCUCAAUAUCAUGUCUUCUUUCUGGACCUGCCCCAGCAGUGGUCCAGUACAAACUCUGUGGGGACAUGGGGACAGGACAUGAAAGUGGACUGAGUAAUGAUGUGGGAAUGCGCACGGGAUGAUCAUGAUUUGUCUCCUGUGGACUGUGUGCGUGCACACACGCGUGUGCUGGCAGUGUCGUGGGUGUAAGCGGCCUCUGUACGCACGGAUCAGAGGAUGUCUAAAAGUAACGGCAUGCUCACUGGCUAACUGUAGAAUAUGAAAUAGAAUGUUUACAUAACCUGAGAACAGAUUUCUAACCUUCCAAGUGGUUCUUAAUAGAAAAAAUGUUUGAAUGGUUCUCAGCCUGUCGUAGCAGCACCUAAAAGCUACACGGCAGAAUUGUAAUGUUUAGUGGGUGACGACCACAAAGUGUGGUGUAUUGCAUCAAAGAGUAUUUGUAACGUGUGCGACCACUUUAACAGUUUGGUUUGGACCCCUUGCAGUUCAGCAGGUAUGUGACGGGAUUCAGAAACUACAAACAAUAAAAUUCCCUUUGAGAAUUCAGAA